AAAACAUGUCUACUUCUUCAACAUCUUCUCAUUUCUCACAGGACUUGUUUGAAAACUUUCACCCGAGGAAAUUUCUGCAACAUUCGUCUCUUUACUCAAUCGAAUCACCGAUGAUUUCGCCAGCUCUAGACAACGAUCAUGUCAUCAUCAACAAAAACUUCGAUGCCAAUGUGAUUUUUGUUCUCUCGGUCCUCGUAUGUAGUGUCAUUACUUCUUUGGGGUUGUUUUGUAUCGUCAAGUGUGCUAUUCGAUGCUCGACUUCGGUUGCUGCAAACGCCAAGUUGGCAAAAUCAGGGGUCCAGAAAAGUGCAUUGAAAGCCUUCCCGACUGUGAAAUUCACAUCCGAGUUGAAACUGCCAGGCUUGGACUCGGCAUGUGCGAUAUGUUUGUCCGAGUUUGCUGCAGGGGAACGUCUGCGGAUUUUGCCCCGGUGCAACCACGGAUUUCAUAUUCGAUGCAUCGAUAAGUGGCUCGGUUCGCAUUCUUCGUGUCCGACCUGCAGGCACUGCCUGACUGAAACGGACCAAAAGACUGUUGCCAACUGCUGCAGGGCAGAGCCAUCGGAACAGUCUCUCCCCGCACAGGAAAGUGUAUAGCAAACAAGUAGAAAAUCGUGGGAUAAACAUUAACUGGGCAAUGCUUUAGUGUAAUUGUUCUUAGACAAAGGAUAUUUCAACAAUCAAAUUUCUGUGUCUCCUGUCUGGUGACUGAAAUUCAAUGCCAUUUUUGGACAAUCAAUAUCAUUACUACUU